CCGGCGGGGUCUGGCGGUGGAGCCCCUUCACUACCUCCCCUGUGGUUUUCCGCCGCUGUCACCGCUGCGCGGCCUGUCUCGCCUCACUUCACCCCGGGGUUUUCCCGCCUCGAGGCUUUCCCGCCCUCCUCCGCCUCGCAGUGCCGGGGGCUGAAGGAGGCGCCUCGCCGCCGGUCCUUAUGGAGCUAGCGGGGCAGGCCUAGGGCCUGUCAGCUCCCCCCGGCUCUCAGCCGUCUGGCGGCGCUUCGCCUGCUCGUGGCUCUGCCGUUUUAACGGGUCUCGGAGGCCUUGGCACCGGCACCUCCCCCGAGGCUAUGCUCUUGAGAGGCCUGAGGAGCCCUGGUCCCCAGUGAAGUCCGGCAGCUCCUCGGCUUUGGGAGCCACGCUGCUGUAUCUCCACGCACCCGAGUUGUUGGGUGGUUUGGUGGUCCCCAGUGCUGCCCCGCGGGCCGGGGGGACUUCAUAAGCGCUGGCCUAACAUCGGUCAGAUCCCUGCUCAGGCAGUGUCCCUCUGAUUUAAUCCAGAGGGAUUAAAUCCGUGGUUCUCUUGUGUUACCUGGAGUGUCAGGAUGAGACAGGGGACCGUUGAGGAGUUUUCUGCAUAAAACGUUGAGGCAACAAGUUGAUGAUUCAGGUUCAUAAGCACGGUUCAGUUGUACAGAGUAAGGCUUUAGUGUGAGACUAGGCACAGGCACUUGUUGCAGCAAUGUGCAGCUGCAGACUGAUAGCUGUGUAUUGGAACUGGAGUGAAUCGUCUGUAAAGCUAAACAGUGCAUCUUUCCUGAGGACUCAUGGCAAGCAAAUGGAUUGUUUGAAACACUGGGUUUGAUCGCCUGACUGGAGGAUCUGCUGAGGGAAUCUGUUGGGUAUCUCUAUCAUCUCCUUGAUAUGGAGCAAAGUGAAGGUGAACAGGUAUCCCAGCCAGAGAGUCACGUGGAUAGCAAGAGCAGUGUGAAAUCUUUGCCUGGGGGAGAGGCCCAUGUCAAACUAGAGAUAAAAAAACAUGCAGUUACUGAUGACUACAAACUCUCCAAACGGGUGCUAGGGUUAGGAAUCAAUGGCAAAGUACUGGAGUGUUUCAACAAGGAGACAGGACAGAAAUGUGCUUUGAAGCUCCUGUAUGACAACCCAAAAGCCCGUCAGGAAGUAGAGUAUCACUGGCGGGCGUCAGGUUGUCCCCACAUUGUCCAUGUCCUGGAUGUUUAUGAGAAUAUACAUCAUGGAAAGAGAUGCCUCCUCAUUGUCAUGGAAUGCAUGGAGGGAGGAGAGCUGUUUAGCAGAAUCCAGGAGAGAGGAGAUCAAGCUUUCACUGAGAGAGAGGCCUCUGAAAUAAUGAGAGACAUUGGAACAGCCAUCCAGUACCUGCAUUCAAUGAACAUUGCCCAUAGAGAUGUCAAGCCUGAAAACUUGCUAUACACAUCUAAAGAGAAGGAUACUGUGCUAAAGCUCACAGACUUCGGCUUUGCCAAAGAAACCACUGUACAAAAUGCACUGCAGACGCCCUGUUACACCCCUUAUUAUGUGGCCCCAGAAGUCCUUGGUCCUGAGAAGUAUGACAAGUCAUGUGACAUGUGGUCAUUAGGUGUCAUCACAUAUAUUCUCCUGUGUGGGUUCCCUCCAUUCUACUCCAACACUGGUCAAGCCAUUUCUCCAGGGAUGAAGAGAAGAAUUCGGAUGGGGCAAUAUGGGUUUCCCAACCCAGAGUGGGCUGAAGUAUCAGAGGAAGCCAAACAGCUGAUUCGCCAUUUGCUGAAGACUGACCCGACAGAGAGGAUGACAGUUUCUCAGUUCAUGAAUCACCCUUGGAUCAAUAGAUCAAUGGCAGUGCCACCAACUCCUCUUCAUACCGCACGGGUCCUGCAAGAGGAUAAAGACCACUGGGAUGAAGUUAAAGAGGAGAUGACCAGUGCUUUGGCUACCAUGAGGGUGGACUAUGAUCAGGUGAAAAUCAAAGACUUGAAAACGUCCAACAACCGCCUCCUGAACAAACGCCGUAAGAAGCAGAAGCAGGCAGGCACCUCUUCUGCAGCUCCUGGGUGCAAUAACCAGUGAGAAGAGAAGCCAAUGACUUGUGGGUGGAGGGUAAAAGUUUAAAGAAGCAAUUUAAAGUCAAUAUGAUCAACUCAGUCCAUUCUACAGAGACAAAGAGACCGUGAAGAAGCUGUCCAGCAAAGAGCAGUGUGAAAGAUUUAAUUUUUAUAACUUGAGUCAGUGCUUUGCUUUUGAAGACUGAUGUAAGUGACAUGAUUCUGUUGCCUUUAGCUAGGGAAGGUCCAGUAAUAACUGGGAAUGUUACGGGUUUUUGUUUUAGCUUAACUGUGUCAGCCAUGAGGAGAGAUAGGAGGCAUCUGAGCAUACUAAUGCACUGAGGUUUUAACAGCCAUCUACAAGAGUAGCGCUUGCCACCACUUUAAACUUGGGAAUAGAAAAAAAUGCUGAGUUGUCUGCCAGGAGUGUUUUAGUAAUUCAAACAUGGGUACUGAGAAAAGAGGAGAAUGGGACUGCUCUUUAUACAAGUAGCAUGGGUACAGUUCUCUUAUAGAUGCAUCUGGACAGCAUUUUGUGUUAAAAGUGGUAAGAGUCAAGAUCUCCAAACUUACCUCCUAUAGUUUCAGAACAUCCCCUAAACAGGAAACAGUUAUUCCUGUUGUAGGAAAAAGUAUCCAUACAUUUCCAUUUUCAUAAAGUCUGCAUACCUUGAGCUUGUCAUGGAUUCUCAUUUGAUAAUACGUAGGUUUUCUGAACUGUAACCACUAUGUUGUCUCUGUGCCACUUUCAUAUCCCUCUCUUGUAAUGUUUUUUUUUUUAAUUUAAGUGAUACUUUGUGCAAAGAGUUAAUAAGGAUUUUAAUUAGUUGAAAGUAUCCUGCAGAGAAUAUUGCUGUUCCUCUUGGAUCCACAACCUGCAACUGGACAUGCAAUUGUGUACAAGAAACUGCUUUAGAAGAGAGGCUUAUGAAAUUCAGGAAGAAGUGGCAAAUGCAUGUUCUCUGAAUGGACCGUUGGGUCUGCCAGCAGCCCUUUCGGUAAUUAUCUCCAGGGCCUGUGCCUAAGAUGUGCAAGUUCUGGGGUGCUGGGGUUGGUUUGUUUCCCAGAGUCAGGGAGGGGAAAGUGAUACUUUAUUUGCAGUGUUUUGUCAGUGUUUCUGAAUCCAAAGUCUUCUACUACCUGAGGGAUGUACCUAUUAAGUAAAUCCACCCAUUGGUUUCUUGGUAUUCUAGUUCUUGUUUUAUGGGAUCCUGGCCUUGGUUUGCUAAUUCAUUUUACUUUGGUCAGAAUAUUUCCUACCACUGUAUUUUGGUGGGGUUUUUUGUUGUUUUUUUUUCAGUUGAAGUGAAGCAAAUAUUUGUGAAAUUAUUAUCAGAAUCUAGGAUGAAAAUUAGGUGUUCCCAGUGAUGCAGACAAAAAGUAUUUUGUGGUAGGCAUAGGGUACUGGUGAGUUAAUAGUCUCAGAAGAAAGUUAAAAGCCAAAAAGCAAAACAAGGCUCCAGAGAGAAUCUGAACUGUCAGAUCUGACUGCCGUGUAGACCUUGUUAUCUCCAACAAAUGUCAGUUCCAGGCUUCAUACCUUGUCUGGGGUAUCUUCAAUGUCAGAUGUGACCUCCAUUCCUCUUUGUGAACUGGUCCUAGGAUUUUAUAAAUUGAUUCUAAUAAAUUGUGUUACAACAUUC